UUUAUUUAUUUAUUUUUUUCCCUGGUUUUUUCUUUGAUUCUGUGGAAAUAUUUGCUCUAUCGUGCAAGCUUCUUCUAGGGAAAAACUGGUGUGGCAGUAUCCCUUCGCAAUGCGAAGAUGGCAAUCCUGCUCCCUCCCCCAGGCACCUCUGCGUUCCGCCUCUUCACACAGGAGUCACUGGCAGAGAUUGAGAGGCUCGAGAAGGAAGGAAAAAGUGCCGCUGAAGUAGAGGGCCAUGAAGAUGAGGAGCCACUGGUCCCAAACGCUGAUCUGGAGGCCGGCAAGAGUCUGCCCAUGAUCUAUGGUGACCCUCCAUCAGAGUUUCUCAACACACCUUUGGAGGAUUUGGACCCCUUCUACAAAGCACAGAAAACAUUCAUCGUGAUCAGCAAAGGAAACACUAUCUUUAGGUUCAAUGCUGAACCGGCUUGCUACAUUCUAAGCCCCUUUAGUUCUGUGAGGAGAGGAGCCAUUAAAAUUCUCAUACAUUCAUUAUUUAGCAUGUUCAUCAUGAUUACGAUUCUAUCAAAUUGUGUAUUCAUGACAAUGAGCAACCCACCAGCAUGGAGUAAAACCGUGGAGUAUGUUUUUACUGGUAUUUAUACGUUUGAGGCAACAGUCAAGGUGUUGUCUCGAGGUUUCUGUGUUGGAUCUUUUACAUUCCUUCGAGAUCCAUGGAACUGGCUGGAUUUCAUGGUGAUCAGUAUGGCAUACGUCACUGAGUUUGUUGACCUUGGCAAUGUGUCAGCCCUCAGGACAUUUCGCGUACUUCGAGCCCUCAAAACAAUUACUGUGAUUCCUGGUUUGAAAACCAUUGUGGGCGCAUUAAUCCAGUCAGUGAAGAAAAUGGUGGAUGUCAUGAUUCUGACUGUCUUCGCUCUUGCGGUGUUUGCUCUCGUUGGCCUUCAACUUUUUAUGGGAAACCUGCGCCAAAAGUGUGUGCGGUGGCCCAUCUCAACAACAAAUGAGACGGCAUAUGAAUCAUAUUUCAACAGUUCUUUCAAUUUCAUGGAGUAUAUUGAAAGCGCAGAGAAUCAAUAUUUUUUGGAAGGCAGUAAAGAUGCUCUUCUCUGUGGAAACAGUUCUGAUGCUGGAAAGUGCCCUGAAGGAUACACAUGCAUGAAAGCUGGGAGGAACCCCAACUUCGGUUACACCAGCUUUGACUCUUUUGGAUGGGCCUUUCUCGCCCUCUUCAGACUCAUGACCCAGGACUUUUGGGAGAACCUUUUCCAGCUGAUCCUACGGGCAGCUGGUAAGACGUACAUGCUGUUCUUUGUGGUGAUUAUCUUUCUGGGCUCCUUCUACCUCAUCAACCUCAUCUUAGCUGUAGUAGCCAUGGCUUAUGAUGAGCAGAAUCAAGCAACUCAGCGAGAGGCCAUAGAGAAAGAGGAGGAGUUCCAACGGCUGCUAGAGCAACUCAAGAACCAAGAGCAGGCCCAGCAUCUAGGGAGUCGUGCAACUUUAACAAGCAAGAAGUCUCUCAGUCAUCACACAACAUCUGACCUCGCAGAUGAUGAACAGAGCCUCGAAAAUGAUGAAUCUAUCAAAGACUGUAAUGGCAGAAUUGUGCCCCGUCUCCUCAUCAGAGCGCCCACCAUGGUAGAGUGUGCUGUAGAAGAAGAACUCAAAGAGAAGUCAUUAGGCUCUGUUCACAGCAUGCUUGAGGUGGAUCAACCAGGCCUAAUGAAGAGAACUGCUAGUGCCAUGACUGUUCUCACCACUGCGGCUAUGGAAGAGUUGGAGGACGCUCAGAGGCCAUGCCCACCCGGCUGGUAUAAAUUUGCUGAUAUUUUCCUGAAGUGGAACUGCUGUCCACCUUGGGUGGUCUUCAAAAAGUGGGUGUACUUUGUGGUGAUGGACCCUUUUGUGGACUUAGCCAUUACUAUCUGCAUCGUGCUCAACACCCUCUUCAUGGCGAUGGAGCACUACCCUAUGACCCCAGAGUUUGACCACUUGCUUUCAGUGGGAAACCUGGUUUUUACCGGGAUUUUCACAGCAGAAAUGUUCUUUAAGCUUAUUGCCAUGGAUCCGUAUUACUACUUUCAAGUUGGAUGGAACAUAUUUGACAGCAUCAUUGUCACUCUCAGUCUGGUGGAGUUAGGACUGGCCAACGUCCAAGGCCUGUCUGUACUCAGGUCAUUUCGUCUGCUUCGUGUCUUCAAACUUGCCAAAUCCUGGCCCACUCUCAACAUGCUGAUCAAGAUCAUCGGCAACUCAGUAGGAGCUUUAGGAAACCUGACUUUGGUGCUGGCCAUCAUUGUCUUCAUCUUUGCUGUCGUGGGCAUGCAGCUUUUUGGCAAAAACUACAAAGACUGUGUGUGCAAGAUCGCCGAUGACUGUGAGUUGCCUCGCUGGCACAUGAACGACUUCUUCCACUCUUUCCUCAUUGUGUUUCGCAUCCUUUGUGGGGAGUGGAUUGAAACCAUGUGGGACUGUAUGGAAGUAUCUGGAGCUGCCAUGUGCUUAAUUGUCUUCAUGAUGGUUAUGGUCAUCGGAAAUCUAGUGGUGUUGAACCUCUUUCUGGCCUUGCUACUCAGCUCAUUUAGCGGAGACAAUCUCUCAGCAGGUGAUGACGAUGGAGAGAUGAACAACCUCCAAAUCGCCAUCAACAGGAUUAAACGGGGUAUCAACUGGUUCAAAGGCUUCAUCAUCCGAACCGCUCUGCAGAUACUGAGGAGAAAACCUAAGGAGCCUGACGACAGCCAAAUGGAGGACACUGACCCUAAAACGGAAGGCAUAGAAAUGAACCACUUGGACAGUAGUCAGACUCUGAAAAUGGCGGACGGGAUAGCUAAUUGUUUAGUGGAAGGCCGGUCCACUGGAUUUAUUGUAGAUGGUGAGGUCAGUCUCAAUGUGCCAAUAGCCCAGGGAGAGUCCGACUUCGAAAACCUGGAAGAUGAUGAAGACGAUGUGGAUGAUAUUGAUGCUGAUGACACCGAGACAUCUGAGGAGAAAAGUAACCAACAGUAUAAGGAAGACUCACAAGAUGAAUGUAGUAUUUAUGAAAAUGUCAAACUGAUGGGUGCUCUAACUGAUGGGGAGUCCUCGGUAUGCAGCACAGUGGAUUAUCAGCCACCUGAGCCUGAACCAGAGGAGGUGGAAGAGGAAGAGCCUGAACCAGUAGAACCAGAGGCCUGCUUCACAGACAACUGUGUGAGGCGUUGGCCAUGUCUCACUGUGGACAUCACCCAAGACAAAGGCAAGAGUUGGUGGAACCUCCGCAGGACUUGCUUCACUAUUGUGGAACAUGAUUGGUUUGAAACUUUCAUAAUCUUCAUGAUCCUUCUCAGCAGUGGAGCACUGGCCUUUGAAGACAUAAACAUAGAAAGACGGCGAACAAUCAAAAUUGUUCUUGAAUAUGCUGACAAGGUUUUCACCUACAUCUUUGUCAUUGAAAUGCUCCUGAAAUGGGUGGCAUAUGGCUUCAAGACCUACUUCACUAACGCUUGGUGUUGGUUAGACUUUUUCAUUGUAGAUGUUUCCCUGAUUAGUUUAGCUGCCAACUGGCUGGGCUACUCUGACCUCGGACCAAUCAAAUCCCUCAGAACUCUCAGGGCGCUCAGACCUCUUCGAGCAUUGUCAAGAUUUGAAGGCAUGAGGGUAGUGGUGAAUGCUCUUGUUGGAGCAAUUCCCUCCAUCUUCAAUGUGCUGCUGGUGUGUCUGAUCUUCUGGCUCAUCUUUAGCAUCAUGGGAGUGAAUCUGUUUGCUGGGAAGUUCUAUCGCUGUAUCAACACCACCUCAGAGGAGCUCUUCCCCAUGGCUGUGGUCAACAACAGGAGCGACUGUAUGGAAAUCAAAGAAGCCACGCAGGACGCCCGCUGGAUCAACGUCAAAGUCAACUAUGACAAUGUUGGAAGUGGAUACCUGUCCCUUCUGCAAGUGGCGACUUUUAAAGGUUGGAUGGACAUCAUGUAUGCUGCUGUUGACUCAAGAGAGAUUGAGGAGCAACCUUCUUAUGAGAUCAACCUGUAUAUGUACAUGUAUUUUGUCAUCUUCAUCAUCUUUGGUUCAUUCUUCACACUCAACCUGUUCAUUGGUGUGAUUAUUGAUAACUUCAACCAACAAAAGAAAAAGUUUGGAGACAAAGACAUCUUUAUGACUGAGGAACAAAAAAAGUAUUAUGAUGCCAUGAAGAAACUUGGCUCCAAGAAGCCACAGAAGCCAAUUCCACGUCCAACGAAUCCAAUCCAAGGCUUAGUGUUUGACUUCAUCAGUCAGCAGUUCUUUGACAUCUUUAUCAUGGUGCUCAUCUGCCUCAACAUGGUGACCAUGAUGGUGGAGACGGAUGACCAGAGUCCAGAGAAGGAGGAUUUCCUUUUUAAAGUAAACGUAGCUUUCAUUAUUGUCUUCACUGGAGAGUGUAUAUUGAAACUUAUUGCCCUGCGACAAUACUUCUUCACCAAUGGAUGGAACAUUUUCGAUUUUGUUGUGGUCAUCUUGUCCAUAGCUGGUACAAUGCUGUCAGACAUCAUUGAGAAGUACUUUGUUUCUCCUACUCUCUUUAGAGUGAUCCGUUUGGCCAGAAUUGGCAGGAUUCUGCGUCUCAUUAAAGGAGCCAAGGGUAUUCGGACGCUUCUCUUUGCUCUGAUGAUGUCACUUCCUGCCUUAUUUAAUAUCGGGCUUCUCCUUUUCCUUAUUAUGUUCAUCUUCUCAAUAUUUGGCAUGUCCAACUUUGCCUACGUCAAAAAGGAGGCUGGAAUCGAUGACAUAUUUAAUUUUGAGACAUUUGGUGGAAGCAUUAUCUGCUUGUUUCAGAUUACAACAUCAGCUGGAUGGGAUGGGCUUUUACUUCCGAUGCUGAACAGGGAACCUCCAGACUGUGACCCAAAUUUCGAGCACCCAGGCACUGAUGUGAGAGGUAACUGUGGCAGCCCAGGUAUGGGUAUGAUGUUCUUCUGCAGCUACAUCAUCAUCUCAUUUUUAGUUGUGGUAAACAUGUACAUUGCCAUCAUCUUAGAGAACUUCAAUGUUGCUCAGGAAGAGAGCGGCGAUGCGCUCUGUGAGGAUGACUUUGAGAUGUUCAAUGAGACCUGGGAGAAGUUUGAUGUAGAUGGAACCCAGUUCAUUGAAUAUAGCCGGCUGUCUGAUUUUUGUGAUGCGCUGCAGGAACCGCUCAGGGUGGCCAAGCCCAAUCGGCUUCGUCUUAUUGAAAUGGAUCUGCCCCUUGUUAUUGGAGACAGGAUUCACUGCCUGGAUGUUUUGGUGGCUGUCACACAGAUGGUCUUGGGUGACACAGUAGAGAUGGCAGCAAUGCGUGAGAGCAUUGAGGCAAAGUUCAUCCUAAAUAACCCCACUUCAGACUCCUUCGCACCAAUUACCACAACUGUACGACACAAAGAAGAGGAAAGAGCUGCUACAGUUAUUCAGAGGGCUUACCGUAUGCACUUACUAAAACGUUGUGUACGCAACGCUGCUUUUAUGCACCGCUCUAAAAGAAUAGGGAGAAAGGAUGACGAUGAAGAUCCACCGGAAAAAGAGGGGUUGCUUGCACGAAAGAUGGGUGUGCUAUAUGGUAGCAAUGUGGACCUUGCAGAGGAGAUGGAGCAGGCUGCUUUACAAACUUUAGCAUCGCAAGAGCCUCCCAAACCUGAGACCCUUUCAACUCACACUGAAGCUCAAUGUGAUCCAGAACCAGCUGAGCCAAAUCUAAUAGUUGUGCCUGUAGAAAUUACAAAUGAAGUUUUAUUACAUUCUGCCCCUAACCGAAACCUCUUUGUCCUGCAGGAAAACUUAAGAGAGUCAAUUGUAUAACAAAGAGCAGAAGACAAAUACACUGAACUAUUAUUUUUCACCAGUCAAAAAAGUUAUCUUGGCGGUAGAUGCAAAGUGUGACUAAUAUAGCUGACUCAUCAUUAUAUGAAGAGAUUACCAUAUUGCUAAAUAAUAAAUUGCAUUUUAGAUUAUUUAAACUUAAAAAUGAUUCCUGUUUUGUCAUGCUGUACAUCAGUGGCUUUUCAGAUGUAAAGAACUGGAGUGCAUUGGGUUUACCACAGAAACAAAUGUCACUGAAUGUUACCACCACUAAUGCUAACUGCAUUGAUAAACCCAAAUUUUAAUUGCAGUGUUAUGUUCAACAUCUAUUUAAGAAAUGCAACACUUAAUGCCUUCAUUUGGACCAGCCAAGUGUUUCUUUUGACUUUUUCUUAAAAAAAUAAAAAAUAAAAAAAAAAUAACAAGCCAAGCAUGCCAGUUUCAAGCUAAAGAGCAAUUUGAACAUCGCAUGACAAAA